GAAAAAGAAAGAGGACAGAUAACUUGUGGAGGUUCACCACGUCUCACAAAGAGGAAAAGGUAGGAGUCCUCCAGUUGCCCAAAAACCCACUUCUAAUCUUGGAAGAAACAUGGAUAUGCAGUUUGCCUACCACCUUUUAUGGGAAAAUGUUUGGUUGUACAUCACUGGUACCUUUGUGGUGUUGUGGAUUAUUGUGUGGCUAUACAGAGACAGCCUGGAGAUUGAUAAAGUCACUGACAAGUAUGUCUUUGUGACUGGCUGUGACACUGGAUUCGGAAACCUGCUGUGCAAGAAGCUCGAUCGCAAAGGUUUCCAUGUGCUGGCUGGCUGCUUCACAGAAAAAGGAGCUGAUGAUUUGAAAAGAGUGACAGGCCCUCAUUUGAAGACGGUCCUGUUGGAUGUGACCAGUCAGCACAGCAUCCAGAAAGCCAUGGAGUGGACCAAGAAGGAGGUUGGCGAUAUGGGACUUUGGGGUAUUGUGAACAAUGCGGGACGCGCAUUACCCAUGGGUCCUUCAGAGUGGAUGAAAGUGGAGGAUUUCCACAGCAUAAUGAAAGUCAACGUGGAUGGAGUGAUUGCCAUGACAAUGACCUUCCUGCCUCUCAUCAAAAAGGCUCGUGGUCGCAUUGUAAAUGUUGCUUCAGUGCUGGGAAGAGUGGCUGCAAAUGGCGGUGGAUACUGCAUCUCCAAGUUUGCAGUGGAGUGUUUCUCCGACUGCCUCAGGAGAGACAUAAGCUACUUUGGAAUCAAAGUGUGCAUCAUUGAGCCGGGGUUUUUCAAGACUGCAUUGACAAACCUCGAGGCCAUUGAAAGGGAAAUGAACCGCCUGUGGAGCCAGCUCAGCCCUGAGGUACAAGCCAGCUAUGGAGAAAAGUACCUUGAGAAGUUCUUGAAGAUUCAGCAUCUGGCCAUGAAGUUUAUCUGCGAUCCUGACAUUACCAAGGUGACCAACUGCAUGGAGCACGCUCUGACUGCUGCAUACCCACGCACCAGAUACAGCGCCGGCUGGGACGCCAAGCUUGUCUGGAUCCCCCUCUCUUACAUGCCUUCCUGUGUGGUUGAUAUUGGGCUUAAGCUGUUGCUGCCACGUCCUUUAAAGAGCAUUUAACUCGCUGACUUUAAAGAAAUGUCUUCAAAGUGAUCAGCUUACUUUAAAAAAUUUAUUUUACUUUUCAAAAUACUCCUCAUCUACAUUGACCAUGUAAUGAUUUCAUGCUACGGUUAUUGUUUUAUUUAUGUGCAUAAUCUGCCAUGUAAAGGUAUUUAGUAAAUGUAUAGAUAUUUUGCUUGUUAACUCUGUACCUUUUGAAACAGUUAUUUACUGUAUGUUCUUUCGCAUGGUGACUGUUCAGCAUCAGAAGAUAAAUAUACAUCACUUUAUUAUCAAGAAAAAUGCAAUGCACAAAUAAAAUAGCUGCUAGCUUUGCAAUGAAAAACUAUCUAUAUUCUGGGUUACAAUGAUGAGAAGCCUCAUCACGAUGGCUUCUAAAUAGGUUUGUUGAUUGGGAACAAACAUGCACACAUGCUGUACAUGAAAACGAUUAAGUGGUGGUGCUUUUCAAGUUUUGAAGUUAGUCAAAGUUUUGCUGCAUGAUGGAACAUGGCAGACUCCACAACCCUAGAGCUUAACACAUGCUUUUGAACACUUGGCUAAAUUCAAAAUCUCAAAGUAGUCUAACAGCAAAACAUUUAAUAAAUCCUGAAAUCAAAGUUAACUGGAUAUAUUUUUUAUUUUCAAACUUUAAAAUGACACUGAUUAUGGGAUUUGUAGAAUAACUUUAAAUUUAUUGUGCCUCACACAUUGAAAGUCUGGAAAAUAACAAUAAUUUCACUGCAUCAGUAAUAGACGUUUAUUGUGAAUGCCAGCAGUUAAACUGUAUUCUGGAAGUGAUCAAUCCUUGUGUUUAUGUAUCAGUAUUGUCACAAAGUAGCACUAGCACUGUGCUCUUUUGUGUUUUUUUCUUUCCAUGCUUUCUGAAUUUGU